AUGAAGAACAUGACCCUGACCACGUUCGUCCUCAUGGGCAUUCCCCACGCCCCCGCGCUGGACACCGCCCUCUUGGGGGUCUUCCUGCUGGUUUACAUACUCACGGUGGUGGGGAACCUCCUCAUCCUGCUGGUGAUCCAGGUGGAUUCCCACCUCCACACCCCCAUGUACUACUUCCUGGCCAACCUGUCCUUCAUCGACAUGUGGUUCUCCACUGUCACUGCGCCCACCAUGCUCAUGACCCUCGGCUCCCCAGGAGGCGGGGCCGUCUCCCUCGGCGGCUGCGCGGCGCAGCUCUAUUCCUUCCACUUCCUGGGGAGCACCGAGUGCUUCCUCUACACCGUCAUGGCCUAUGACCGCUACCUGGCCAUCAGCCACCCGCUCAGGCACUCGGGCCUGAUGAGCGCGAGAACGUGCGCCCGCCUGGCCGCCGGCACUUGGCUCAGCGGCGCCCUGCACUCCGGGGUCCAGACGGCCUUGACCUUCCGCUUGCCCUACUGCGGGCCCCACCGCAUCCAGCAUUACUUCUGCGACGCGCCGCCCGUCCUCCAGCUGGCCUGUGCGGACACCUCAGCCAACGAGAUGGUGAUCUUUGUCAGCAUCGGGGUGGUGGCCUCGGGCUGCUUUCUGCUCAUAGCGCUGUCCUACGCGUGCAUUGGCUGCUGCAUCCUGCAGAUCCGCACCGCGGAGGGGAGACGCAGAGCCUUUCAGACCUGCGCCUCCCACUGCAUCGUGGUCCUGUGUUUCUUUGGUCCCUGUGCUUUCAUUUACCUGAGGCCAGGCUCCAAGGAUGCUGUGGACGGGGUAGUGGCAGUUUUCUACACUGUACUGACACCUCUUCUGAACCCGGUUGUGUACACCUUAAGGAACAAGGAAGUGAAGAAAGCUCUGUUGAAGCUUAAAGACAAAGCAACAUAUUUUCAGAGCUAAUAAACUCUAGAAUGUAGAUAUGCUCAUUUUUUCUAAUUAGUAUUAUGAUUUAGUCAUCAACGGGAAAUUUAUUCCAUGUAUGGUCCGGUGUUAAAUAUUGAAAUAUCACCUACUCAGGAAUAGUUCUUUCACAGAUUUUCAAGAAAUUUUUAAAUCACAAUUAGAUUUUUCAUUUACAAUAGUAUGGUUAUAUCUGAUCUUCCAACUGAUUUCUCUGCAAUGUCAAUUAUGUUAAAAUUUUUUAAAACUUUGAUUGGGUCUCAGAUACAUAAGGUUGAGUUAUUCAUAUUUCUAAAUUAAUAAUUUGCUUCUAUGUUUAUUUCUUGUGGACAUGCACUUGGAAAUUUUACAGUCAUGGGGAUUCUGUACAAGAAGAGCAACA